GAAAUUGAUGAAAAGUUUUGGGAGCUCUUGAUGAGUGCAGACAAGAAAGAUUAUGAAAAGAUCUGUGCUCAGUAUGGAGUCACUGAUUUCCGUCGGAUGCUGAAGAAACUGAGUGAGAAAAAGGAUGAAAGGGCAAAAGAACAAGAAAGGGUUGUUGAGAGGCUAUGCAACCUAAAGCCUGUUGAGCUCAGAGACACUGGUGAUGCAGAGUUUGAGCUUGAAAUGUCACUCAGAGACCCUUCCAGUAAAAUCUUCUUGUACAAGGAUGGAGUUAUGGUUCCUUUUGAUGUAGACACAGAGGUCAAGCAUGGCUUGAAACAAGUUGGAAAGAAGUUUGUUUUCAGCAUCAAUGGUGUCAAUCCUGAAGAUGCAGGCUUAUAUCAAGUGGAAGUUGAUGGAGUUAAGGUAUUCUCUACUGACUUAAAACUUCCCAGUGUAGAUUUCCUGGUGAAGAUUGAAGAUGUGACAGUGGAGGAACGAGAGGACGCUGUGUUUGAAUGUCUCGUCUCAACUCCACUGGCAAAGAUUACUUGGAAGGGAAAAAAUGUUGCUCUGGAGCAAGGGGAAAAAUAUGACAUCCUGGUGUCAGAGGACAUGUUAAUUCACACACUGGUAGUCAAGGACUGUAUGCCCCUGGACAAGGGAAUUUAUGCCGCUGAGGCUGGACUCAAGUCCUGCAGUGCUUGGCUCAUAGUGGAAGAUCCAGGUGUGUACUUUACUUGCGGUCUGUCAGACGUAACAGCUGUCAUCGGUACCGAUGCUGAACUGGUCUGCAGACUGAGCAGUGAGGACUGUGAAGGAGUCUGGUACAAAGAUGGAAACGAGAUUACAUCUACAGAAAACCUCCUCAUUGUUAAAGAAGGGACUUACCGCAAACUAAUCGUCAAAAACUGCAAAGAGGAGGAUACUGCAAAGUACCGAUAUGAAGCUGACGGCCGCAAAACAGAGGCUAUGCUAAAUGUUGAAGAUCCCCCAAGAAUCGACCCUGAUGACCUCACCGAGUUUAUGAAACCUGUGGUAAUCAAAACCGGGAAAGAAGCAGCCUUCAAAGUGUCCUUUGUUGGCCGGGAACCCAUGAAGAUCCAGUGGUACAAUGAAGGCGAAGAGCUGUUCGACGAAACCCACAUUAAGAUUGAAAAAUCUUCUUCAGAUAGUCGCCUGCUGCUUACCAAAUGCCAGCGCAAGAUCUCAGGCGAAAUAAAGAUUAAGAUAAAAAAUGAAUGUGGAACGACUGAAGCGAUCACCCAGCUGACUGUACUGGCGUUCCCUGGUGCUCCCUCCCAACCCAAAAUUGAAAGUGCUUUCAAAGACUGUAUCAACCUUGCUUGGACUGCACCUUCCAACACCGGGGGAACCAACCUUUUGGGAUACAUUGUGGAGAAACGCAAGAACGGCAGUAACAUUUGGAGCAGGGUCCACCCUCCUGAUGAGCUCAUUAAAGAGAAAAAGUAUGGAGUGAAGGACGUUGUUGAGGGACUUGAGUAUGAGUUCCGUGUAUUCGCUGUAAACAUUUCGGGUCCUAGUGAACCGAGUACUCCCUCGGAGUUUGUGUUUGCUAGAGAUCCAAAAAAGCCCCCUGGAAAGGUUAUUGACUUGAAGGUCACAGACUCCACAUACUCUGCUUUAUCACUUGGAUGGACCAAACCUCAUGAAGAGGAAGGGGUCCAAGAUGAGGCCAAAGGGUACUUUGUGGAGCUCAGACCAGCCGAAGACCCAGAAUGGAGUCGCUGUAACGCUAAUGCCAUCAUUAUGACCUCUUAUACUAUAAUGGGUCUCAAAUCCAUGGCCAUGUAUUGGGUAAGAGUUCUUGCCACCAAUGAGGGUGGAGACGGCGAGUCUCAGGAGCUGGACAACUACAUUAUUGCGAUGCCUCCUCCAGUGAGACCUCAUUUCACUGACAGAAAGAUAAAGAACUUCAUGAUAAUGAAAGCUGGGAGUUCUGCACGAGUCAACUUCAACUUUCAGGCUUCCCCGAUACCAUCUAUUGUAUGGCUGAAGGACAACCUGCCUUUACCCAAACAUGUUACAAUGAGCAACACCGACACGUCAUCUCAGCUAAUCAUCCCCUCAUCAGAGCGCCACGACACUGGGAUCUACACCAUCGUGGUGAAAAAUAUGGUUGGUCAGGAGACCACCAGUGUUGAGAUAAGAGUAACAGAUGAUCCCAAACCUCCAGGUCCAGUGGAGGUGGAGGAGAAUGUGUCAGGAACCGUGACGGUCUCCUGGGCACCGUCACCGGAUGAAAAGAAAGACGACAGGCUGCACUACAUGAUCACAAAGCGUGAUUCUGUGAAGCGUGUGUGGCAAACCGUGGGUGACCAUCUCUUCAAUAACAAGUCUACCGUGAUCAACAUCAUGCCUGGGAGACAGUAUUUCUUCAGAGUCUACGCCAAGAAUGACAUGGGAGUUUCUGAACCCAGUGAGUCUCCAACCUGGGAAGUCAAGAGGAAGAAAGAAACCUUCACUGUGAAUCAUCAGGCCUCGAAGGACUGCAACUUUGAGACACCUCCAUCAUUCUCCGUUCCACUAAAAAUGCACAACAGUCCAGAGAGCUACGAAUGCUACAUGAGUUGUGCAGUGACAGGAAACCCUAAACCCCAUGUUACCUGGUACAGGAAUAACAUCAGCCUUAACACCAACACUAACUACUACAUCACCAACACAUGUGGGGUCUGCUCCAUGAUGAUACUCAAGGUCGGGCCUAAGGACAGCGGGGACUACACAGUCAUCGCAGAAAACCCUCUGGGCAGAGUGGAGUGUUCAACUAAACUUGUUGUUAAAGAAUAAGAUGCUGCUCUGAUCCUGAUCUCACGUUCCUUUUCACGGUUGGAACCUGUUAUUUCUGUUU